CCCCGGGCAGAGGUGGGUCUUUCCACGUUUGGGCCCCCCGGUAGGUCCUUGUGGUUGUUGCAGCCGCCUUAACGGAUGCGGGAAGGCGAGGCUCUCUCCUCCUUUGCCCCCCAGCAAUCUCGAAUGGAAGACCAUUUGCGGGAGGGGGCCUAGACUGCUGUUGCAGAGAAGGGGCGCCCCCCCCCCCGGGCUCCAUUUCUCCAGGUGGGCUACCAAAGGCCUGGAAGCACCUCGUUUAACCCUUCUCUCUCUGAGGAGGUGCACGCCCCUCUCCAAGCAGCACCUUGGAGAGUCCAGUGCCGGGUUUCCACUGGCCCAUCGAAGAAUUUGGAGGUUGCGUGGGGUCCCGAGCUGUUUAAAACCCUCUGGCCCUCCUUGCCCAGGCCUCCCACGUGCAGGCUUUUCGGGGCACAGCCGCCUCUGCGGUUGCCCUGUUAUAAUAAGUCUGCUGUUCUCCCGUAACCAGCCGGGAGAAAGCAGAACUCAGCGCAGUCUCCUUUUCUGGGCCCCACGCCUUGGCCAGACCCUUCCGGAAGAGACGUCGACUUGCCAGGGCUCCGGGGGAGGAAUCCUGAGGUCGCUCACUCCCACCCUGGGGCACCCCUGGAGCAGCGAGCUCCAGUCUCCCCGCGGCCGGCUUCAGAGCCCCGAGGAGCGGGACCGGGGAUUCCCUCAGCGCUGACUCCCCGCGGCUCCUGAGCACAAAGGCCACACCCUCACAGGCCAGGCAUCGCAGGGGACAGAGCGUUGGCUUCUGCCGAAUUACCUGGAUACCUGAGGUACCCAAGCAAGGACAGGAAUAAUGAAGAGACACAUGUGUUAGCUGCAACCUUUUGAAAUAAGCAAGAAGGAAAUCAGCAGUGUGGACAAGGCUGGAACCGUUGCCACGCUUGCUUGUCGGAGUGAAUGAGGAAUGGGCUUGUGAUUAUGCUGACAUUCCAGCAUGAAUCUGGUAGACCUGUGGUUAACCCGUUCCCUCUCCAUGUGUCUCCUCCUACAAAGUUUUGUUCUUAUGAUACUGUGCUUUCAUUCAGCCAGUAUGUGUCCCAAGGGCUGUCUCUGUUCUUCCUCUGGGGGUUUAAAUGUCACCUGUAGCAAUGCAAAUCUCAAGGAAAUACCUAGAGAUCUUCCUCCUGAAACAGUCUUAUUGUAUCUGGACUCCAAUCAGAUCACAUCUAUCCCCAAUGAGAUUUUUAAGGACCUCCAUCAACUAAGAGUUCUCAACUUGUCCAAAAACGGCAUUGAGUUUAUCGAUGAGCAUGCUUUCAAAGGAGUAGCGGAAACUUUGCAGACUCUGGACUUGUCUGACAACCGGAUUCAAAGCGUGCACAAAAAUGCCUUCAAUAACCUGAAGGCCAGGGCCAGAAUCGCCAACAACCCCUGGCACUGCGACUGUACUCUCCAGCAAGUUCUGAGGAGCAUGGCAUCCAACCACGAGACAGCCCACAAUGUGAUCUGUAAGACUUCUGUGUUGGAUGAGCACGCCGGGAGACCAUUCCUCAAUGCUGCCAAUGAUGCUGACCUUUGUAACCUCCCCAAAAAGACUACCGAUUAUGCCAUGCUGGUCACCAUGUUUGGCUGGUUCACCAUGGUGAUCUCAUAUGUGGUGUAUUACGUGAGGCAAAAUCAGGAGGAUGCCCGGAGACACCUUGAAUACUUGAAAUCCCUGCCCAGCAGGCAGAAGAAAGCAGAUGAGCCCGAUGACAUUAGCACUGUGGUAUAGCGUCCAAACAGACUGGCACCGAGAAAGAAAUUCAUUUGCAGUUGCAAUAGAAUAAGUGGUUUACUUUUCCCAUCCAUUGUAAACAUCUAAAACUUUGUAUCUCCCUUUCUUUUGAAUUAUGCCACUGUCGAGCUUUUAACAAACAUGACAACAUAACAGAUAAUUUUAGUUUAGGUGUCCCACCCCUUAAUUGUACCCCCAGUGGUAUAUUCCUGAGUAAGCUACUAUCUGGACAUAAGUUAGAUCCAUCUCACUAUUUAAUAAUGAAAUUUAUUUUUUUAAUUUAAAACCAAAUAAAAGCUUAACUUUGAA